AUGAGUGUUCGGUCAUCACUAACAUUGAAAAAUAUGCCAGUUAGCGUUGUCCGUUCUAGGAGCGAAUAUUCCGAUGAGAUCCUAUCCAUGAAUAGUUUAUAUGAUAGGCAAUUACAAAAACAACUAGAGAAAUAUGAUAAGAAUACUCAAGCCUUAAAAAAAAAAAUGGCUAAAGAGAAAGCCAGUCUACUUCGAAGUGUUAAAGCAGUAGCAGCGAUUGCUGGAACUAGCCAAGAUAAAUCAUCUGCUAUGAUGAGACCUCGAUCGCAAAGUAUGGUCGUUGCUAAUAGCAAUGUUACAUGCGCCAAAUAUUCAUCAAGACGCGGUAGCAAUAGCAAUUAUGCAUCGAAUCCUGAUAUAGUAAAUCAUGCUAUUGCUGAUAGGACAACGUCUGAUCCAUCAUUGAAUAAUGAAGAAGAGGCAAAAGUCCGACCAAGAAGUAAUUCAACUGGUCGCUCUAGACAACGACUUCAUAGCCUAGGUAAAGGGAUACCUAGAUCCUCGUCUCUUAAUCAAUCUCUAAAUCGAAGAGAAACAUCAUCUCCGAAUCAAAAAGAAACAACAUCACCAACUGCAAAAGAAACAACAACUACAGUCACCGUCACCGAUACUAAUAAUAAGAUUAUCAAUUCUCAAGUUAAUCAUUUAACCGCUGAAAUGGAUGAAAAAUUCUUACUUGCUCGACCACGUAGUUCCACCAUAGGAUCGGAAGUAUCUCGAGAGAAAAAAGUACGAGACAUCCAUUACAUAAGGAGAAAAUCAGCUGAAAAGCUAUAUGGAAUGAAGAAUAAUCCAGCCAUCCAUGAAAUUGUUUCCGAUCCUGAUAAAUCGAAAAGGUAUUUUAGAAGAUCUUCUUAUGCUCAAGGUGAACAACGUGCUAAGUUAGCAUUACCGUUUAUGGCGGUUCGAACAACAGCAGAAAAUUCCAAAAUGCAUUUACCUCAAAUUAAGACUCCUUAA